AGAUUGUUCUCGACUGUGAUUGUGUUGAUCUACGUUCUGUCACUGUUUCUUUAGAUGUUACGCUGUUUGUUUUCUAUUUAAAUCUGUUUAUUUGAAGCCAGUGAAACUAUGUGGCUGUUGAAUAAAGAACGACAGACAGAAGACAGAACAGUUUCAGUUUUAGUUUCUUUUAAAGAGUUCAAAAUGAAAUAAAACUAAAGUUAUAAUGACAUUUUGUAACAUCGAAUAACUCAAAUUUGCAUGUUUUGUAUAAGAUUUUAUUUGUAUUACCUUCAACCCUGCGAGUGCUUUAAAGCUUUUGUAAAUGUCUUUUUAAGUUGAUAGAAAAGUCACAUCAACACGUGAGAAGCUAAAGUACCAACAGUCCACAGUUCAGGUCUGUUAUGAGCAUUUUAGCCUCUUUCAGCUAAUUGUUUUGGUUGUGUGACUGCAGCCACACACGAGCCGACCGUCCAGUAACCAGAAUCAGAGACGAGCUGCUAAAGAGAUGGACAUGUCUCUUAAUUUUGAUUCAAGAUAAUUGGAUAAUCAGUAAAUGUAGGUUUAAAUAUGUUACAAUAUUAAUGUAGCGGCUCAUGAAAAUCAUCCAGAGUUCAGAGACGAAGUGGGUUCAGACUGAUCUGAGUUCUAAGAACCGUCUCGAGUCGGAACACUUUCAGAAUCAUCUGAAUAUAUUUCUUCUUGUUUUGUUUUCAUGUCUCUCUCCAGAUUCUCUCAGAGAACCCGGAGAACUCCCUCUGUACUGCUUCUCGUCUUCAGCCCGGAGAACUUCAGCCGAUUCUGGACUCACAGAGGGUUCUGGGGUCCGUCUCCAUAGCUUGAUCUAGAUCGACAGUGAGGUUCAGGACCUGGUUCAGGAGUCCCAGCAGGCAGUGGUGGAUUCAGUCGAGGGUUCUGGAAUGGCGAGCAGAUCGGUUCCCUCCAGUCACGGGAUGCUCCCGGUGCUGCUGGUCAUCUGCUGUCUGGUACUGGUCGAUCCGGUCGGUUGCCGCAGAAACGCCUCGUCUGAUUCCGCUCAGCUGUCAGAUGUGAUGAUGCGGUCUGACCUCCAUCGCACUGCCGCCCCUCUGAUCCAGAACUCAGACGGAUCAGAACAUCCAGUACAAGGGACUGUAAACGAGCCCUCAGCAGAGAGAACAGGGUCAAAACAUUCAAACAGGCCGAAGCACUCCAACUCCUCGGCGCCGGUUCUUAUGCAACUGGCAGCGCCGCCGAGCUGCAAGCGGGCCACAUCGAUCAAAACAGCCUUCAAGUACAUCAACACGGUUCUGUCCUGCGUCAUAUUCGCCGUGGGGAUCAUCGGCAACGCCACGCUGCUCCGGAUCAUCUUCCAAAAUAAAAGCAUGAGAAAUGGACCCAACGCUGUGAUCGCCAGUCUGGCGCUGGGAGACCUGAUCUACAUCGCCAUCGACAUACCGAUCAACGUAUACAAGCUCCUGGCGAUGCAGUGGCCGUUCGCCGACAGCGUGUUCGGUCUGUUCCUCUGUAAGCUGUUUCCCUUCCUGCAGAAAGCUUCAGUCGGCAUCACCGUCCUCAACCUGUGUGCUCUGAGCGUGGACAGGUACCGUGCGGUGGCGUCCUGGUCCCGGGUCCAGUGCACCGGUGUUCCCACGGUGACGGCGGUGGAGAUCGUGGUGAUCUGGCUGCUGUCCAUGGCUCUGGCUGUGCCCGAGGCCAUCGGCUUCGACAUGGUGACCUUCGACUACAAGAACACCACCAUCAAGACCUGCAUGCUACAGCCCAAGACGCCCUUCAUGACCUUCUACCGGGAUGCGAAGGACUGGUGGCUGUUUGGCUUCUACUUCUGCGUGCCUGUGAUCUUCUCUGCGAUCUUCUACGGCCUGAUGAUCGGCGAGAUGCUGCGACACCGGAAGGGAAGUCUGAGGAUCACCCUGAGCGAACACGUCAAACAGCGCCGUGAGGUGGCCAAAGCCGUGUUCUGCCUGGUUCUGAUCUUCGCUCUGUGCUGGUUCCCUCUUCACUUGAGUCGCCUGCUGAAGAGAACCGUCUACAGAUCCCACGACGCUCACCGCUGCGAGCUGCUGAACUUCCUGCUGGUGCUCGACUACUUCAGCAUCAACAUGGCGACCAUCAACUCCUGCAUCAAUCCCAUAAUCCUCUUCUUCGUCUCAAAGAGGUUCAAAAACUGCUUCAAGUCCUGUCUGUGUUGUUGGUGUUAUUCUGGCUCUCUCUUCAACAGCACGCUGCCGCUCCACCACGGGAGCAGCCUGCAGUACAAACACACUGACCACUGAGAGACGGAGGCACCGAGAGAGUCCGACAUCUUCAUCUUCUUCGUCAUCUUCGUCCGGACAGAACAAAGAUGUCCAAAACACUGAGAGAGAAGCUGCUGUUUGACUCUCAGGCUGGUGUUAGCAAGAAGAAGACGGCAUGUUCUCUAAACCUGCCAUAUCAGCAGCAGAUGUUUGUGAACACACCGACUGUUUCAACUGAUCUAACCAUUCAAUUAGCAAUCGCAACAUCACCAGACUCCCUUAACAAAUCAUGCAAUUUUAGGAGCUGUUGAUUGAGGACAAAUUUUGCAAAACAGCUGCAACUGAUUCUAAAUCAUCAGCACCUUCCUGUAAAUUCGGCAUUAAAUUCUGAACAUUAAGUUGAUACUUUCCUUGUAAAAAGUACCACAAUAUUGCAGCAUCCCAGUAAACAUAUAAUUUACAAAGACAGUAAACAGUAACCAAUAAAGGCCACUUCUUUGUCCCUGCAGAGAAAGUCGCCAGACUCCCUUUAAAAAUCAUUCAAUUUAGUGAGUAUUAUGAACUCUGUUAAAUGCUGUCUACCUAAAAUUCAUAAUCCUGUGUGUCUUCUCAUUAAUUCAGCAUUAAAUCUAAUCUCAAAUGUUUCUUGUAAAAAAGCAUCAGUACUUUUAAAACAUAUUUUACCAUUUCUACAAAGUGUAUGAAAGAAGACAACAUUUUAUUGACGGUAAUUUAAAAAAUGCGUAAACAUUAACCAGUUUGUCAACUAUUUCGACAUCUGUGGAGAAAGACACCAGACUCCCUUUAAAAUCAACCAAUUUAGUGAGUUGUUGAGUUUAGAGAACCUUUAUAAACUCUGUGAAACACUUUCUCUGGCUAAUUCUUAAUUAUUUGGGCCUUCUUGUUAAUUCAGCAAACUACAUUAAGUGCUUUCUAUCUUUAUGUAGAAAACAUCAUGUUUGUCUCAGUGUUGUACGUGUUUAUUUGCUUAUACAGCACAGAGGGGUUCAACAGAUCAACACUAUAUCGAUCAUCUGAUGUUUAGUUUUUACCUUUUCAUUGUGUAUUUAUUGAGGUCUGAGUAUUAUAUAUAUUAUUUUAGACUAAUUAUGGUGUCAUGAUAUAUUUUACACUUGAUGGCCAAAAGUUUGUGGACACAGACUUCAUUGUACUUUUGGUUUGGAUUUGUUUUCUGUGACUUUUGGUCAUGUAGUACAUAUGUCAUUUAUGUUUUAUAUGUAAAAUAAUCUGUUGUAACUCUUCCUGUACAGAAAUAAAACAUGUCUGAAGCGUCAGAGUGCUCCAGCGCCCCCUGCAGGCUGAAGUCGUCAUCACAGCCUUACAAUAUGAACUGUGACAUCACUAGUCAAAUCUGAAUUAUUAUUGAGUUUUGUUUAUCAAAUUAUAUAUAUUUGUACAUUGUUUUUGUAUGUAUGUCACAAAUAAAGUUAUAUUCUCAAAGGUCUCACAAACAUCUCAUAUCAGUCACAUGUCAGAUUUUACAAAGACACAAAACAGUAACCAAUAGGCCACUUCUUUGUCCCAGUGGAGAAAGUCACCAGACUCCCUUUAAAAAUCAACCAAUUUAGUGAGUUGUUGAGUUCAGAGAAACUUUAUAAAGUCUGUAAAAUGCUGUCUACCCAAAAUUCUUAAUCACGUGUGCCUUCUCAUCAAUUCGGCAUUAAA